ACAAGAUCUAAUGAAUUGGCUAACUUCUGUACCUAAUAGGUAUGUGAUUGGUUAUAGGUGAGCGACAAGCGAAAACAUCAUACUAACGGCGAUCUAAGCAUUCUUCUAGGCAUAUUUAGCGAGAAGGCUUCGAUCUAACACUUGACCUGCCUAACCCGAUAAGGCAACUAGAUAUGGUAGAACAAGCUAUUCAAUUUCUCACGCAAUGACUGACGUUAAAUAUCGACGAAUAGCGAGAUAUAAGAAGAGCAUGGAACGCUUGAAAGCCAAUAUCCGCUUCCUCAAGACACGACAUCGAACCACCCUCAAAUCGUCUCCUCGACUCAUUCAUUCCAACUUCUAAUAUGCAUCUGACUGCUCCAGUCCUCACUAUCUUCCUCCUCACCCUGGGUUCUUUCACAAACGCCCAAGCCAGCUGUACCAUCGCCCGGUUCGCUGCUGGCGACUGCAAAUCGAACCGCAUAGCCCUUGGUACUCAGACAGGACCUGGCUCGAAAUGCCUGACCUUCAAAAGAAACCGUGUAACAUGCACCCAGCGACAGAACCCAACAACAGUUACAGGAGAGGGCCAGUGCACUUAUACGAUUUGGUCUGAUGCAAAUUGCAGUCAAGGUGGCGGGUAUAUCUACCGGACAGACUGCACAAAUCCGGGGCAGUAUAUCGAGGCUGCACCGGGUGGUGGAAGUUUGAGUAUUGACUGUGUGUAAAGAAUAAUCCGAGGAGGGGAAUGGUCAUUCUGCGAUUUGGUAUGUUCGGUUCCGGGCUAAAGAUACUAGAGAACUAUGAAUGUAGUGCCAGGAGCCAGGAUGGAGCGAAGUCAUGAUGUUCUCUGGUACUCGCUACAUGGAGAUCUGUUUUGCAGAUAGACAUUAGUUACUAUCGCGUGGCGUACCAAU